UCUGCUCUUCACUAUAGAUCUAAGAUCAUCUGAGGGAUCUGACUGAAUCAAGAUGCUGCUGAUCAUUGAAGCUCUUCUUCUCAUUUCAGCUGCUCUAGGAAAGGAUCACAGAGCAGCUGUAGAAGACAUAUUUCCACUGGAUAUGGCACUGAAUUCAGUUGAUGAUCAAUAUGAUGGCUGUAGAGAGAACAUGGCAAACCUGGUGAAGACAGAAUAUCUAAAAAUGGAACUCAAAAACUCAGUUGAAUUUAAUAGUGCUUGGAAAAAAAGUCCGGCAUUUAUUCACAAUUCAGAAAAUAAGUUGACAGAUAAUCAUUUAAAAGCCAUUUAUGUGUACUCUGAUUGUCAAGUAUUUAAAGACUUCAAUAAUGAUGCUCGUUCUGGUAAACUAAAUUAUGAAAACAAGUCAUACAAAUGGUAUUCACUUCACUUUUUGUUAACAGAUGCGAUACAGAUUCUGAAGGAACCAAACAAAUGCAUUAAGACUUAUCGUGGUACAAAAGUAAAAUUUGAGGAGAAUGUUGAGAACCGGGAGGUUCGUUUUGGUUCAUUUGCAUCAUCGUCUCGUAAUCAAAAAACAGCAAUGUCUUUUGGAACUGUAUCUUGUUUUGAAAUCUGCACUUGUGAAGGUGCUGAGGUGUCAGAAUAUUCCAAGCUUCGUCAUGAGAAAGAGGUGCUGAUUCCUCCAUAUGAGACGUUUAAAGUCACUGCUGUCAAGAAAAAAGGUGCCUGGUGUGACACUGUUUUCAUUUUGGAAAGCACUGGUAGAAAAAGUGAAUUAAACUGUGCUCUAUUUAGGAAACCAACAAAGUCCAUAAAAAUAGUAGGUUGUGCACUGAGCUGA